UCUCCCCCUGCAGAGGUCGAGCAAACACCUUCCUCGACAUUCCCCCUUCCUGAACCCAUUGAUCGGUACCCCCUUCUCCCCUCUCCCACUCUAUAGCCAUCUUCAUGAUGGCUAGACUCCCCCUAUCUCUGUUAGCAGUCUGCUCCGCUCUUUUGACGCCAGCAGCCACUGCAACAAACACGGAAAAUGGGCAAUGGGUCCUUGUGAAUGAGAUCUCAAGGGUCUCGAAUCAGAGUUUGAUGUGGGGCCCCUAUCGACCGAAUCUUUACUUUGGAGUUAAGCCAAGGAUACCGAAGAGCAUGAUUGCUGGCUUGAUGUGGGGCAGGGUUGAUGAUUUUGCAUCGGUUGCCCAGAGUACGUCAUUUUCCCAGUGUUUAUAAAACUUUGUCGCUUAAUCUGAUCACGAGAUAGCCGUGCGGCAUACAUGCGAGCAGAGCGACGAUAUGGCGGGUUACGGAUGGGAUGAAUAUGAUGUGAGAACCGGGGGGCACCAGGUCAUAGGGGACCCCAGGAAUUCAAUCGAUAUACACACAGAUUUUGUCAAAGUUGAGGGAGGAGAAAAUGGUGAGAUUGGUCCGAUCCAGGCAGCGUGCUAGGCUUAAUAAUAAUUCUCUGAAACGUUAGGGGGCCAUUGGGGCGUUCGUGUCAAGGGGAUACCUAGGACUGGAGGUAGGUAUGAGAGAUAGGUCCCGGAAUUCUUAGAGCGAAAACUUAUUGUCUAUGCAGCCCCAGCAGAUUUGAAAACCAUGGCGGUUUUUUAUGUCGGUCUCGAGGGACUGGGAAGCCUCAGCUUGCAAAACGAACCCGACGAAAGAGGAUUGGUUGGCGAUGUUACACUCGAAGGUUCAAUACCAAAACUAGCCGAGUUCAAGAUAGAUAUCACUACAGGGCCGAGCACCAACAAACCCCCGCGAGUCGGGCAUGAGAAAUAUUGGAACGAGAAGCCUUUGGAUCGAACCUCAUACCAUUCACUGAAGGUUCCUGAGGAGGACGUCUGGAAGGCAAAAGGUAAGCACUAUAUAUAUACCGGGAAGUAGAAGACGAAACUAAUUGUUAGCGAAACCAAGAUAUAUUCUUUACGGGCCUGCGUGACAACUUUCUUAAGGUCAAGGAGAAAUAUGGAGAAUCAGAUCUCCCACCUCCGUGGCAAGCCUUUACCAUUCCGAACACUUUCGGUCCAGGGAAUUUCCACAUGGUUCAAAAGGUUUUUGAGGGUGGGUUUGAGGUAAUAUAUGCGGGUCCUUGGCAUAAAAGGUCGUUACUAUUAUCAUAGGACUAACCCGACCUUAGUUUGACAUUCUCUACUCUUCGGCCUCAGCGCCUACAGCUAUGACUUGUACUGUCCCAACAAGGUCUCCCGGAAUGAUUAGUACUGACAGCUGCCCCAGCCGAUAUCCUCACCGAAAAGAUCCGAACCAUAGGCAGCUCAUUUGCUGAUCGUUUCGAAAACUCCUUUCCCAGAGAAUCUCCUUUCAAUGCCCCCCGCUAUCGGCAAUUUGCCCGCAAUUUUUUCUCGAAUCUACUUGGUGGCAUUGGUCAUUUCCACGGUACCUCCGUUGUCGAUCGCACAUAUGCCCCCGAAUACGAAGAAGAAGAUGAAGGUUUUUGGGAAGAGGCCAAAGCUGCCCAGGCACGUCCAGACGCUGCAGAGUUGGAAGGACCAACCGAAUUGUUUACGAGUAUUCCGUCAAGGCCAUUCUUUCCCAGGGGUUUUUUGUGGGAUGAGGGGUUCCAUCUGUUGCCAAUCAGUGACUGGGACAUGGACUUAACCCUUCAAAUUGUGAAAAGUUGGAUAUCCCUUGUUGAUGAGGAUGGAUGGCUCCCGAGGGAACAAAUUUUGGGGGACGAGGCCCGCAGCAAGGUUCCCCAGGAGUUUCAGACUCAAUAUCCCCACUAUGCUAACCCCCCAACGUUAUUUUUUGUCUUGACCAAGUUUAUCGAUCAAUUGGAGGGGUUUCAGUCAAAGAGGGGCGACUCGAGUAUGCCCCCUCUUCCCAACAAACCCUCUCAGGUGCUAACUAUGAUCAUUAGUGAGCGAAUACCUUGACAAGGAAUCAUUCAGCAACAUGUUCUCCUCCGAUGACCUUCCAGCUGUUCACCUCAAGAACCCUGAAGUGGCUUCAGAAUACCUACGAUCGAUAUAUCCUAACCUUCGGCGAAAUUACUUUUGGUACCGUAAGAGCCAAUCCGGUGAGAUCCGCGGCUGGGAUCGCAAUGCAUACUCCAAAAAAGAAGGAUAUCGCUGGCGCGGACGCACUCCCGAGCAUUGUUUGACAUCUGGCCUCGAUGAUUACCCACGAGCCCGUCCCCCACACACCGGGGAACUUCAUGUUGAUCUUCUCUCUUGGAUCGGGAUGAUGACGAGCUGUAUCAAGCGCAUCGCAGCCGCAAUUGGGGAGCACGAUGACGUAGCAGAAUUUGAGCAGUACGAAUACGCCAUCAAGAAAAACAUUGACGACUUGCAUUGGAGCGAGAAGCACAAAACCUAUUGUGAUGCCACAAUUGACGAUUUUGAGGAGAGCGUACAUGUUUGUCAUAAGGGUUAUAUCUCCAUAUUUCCUUUCCUACUCGGGCUCAUGGAGAAAGACUCCGAAAGGCUUGGAAAGGUUUUAGAUCUCAUAGCUGACCCGGAAGAACUCUGGAGUAAUCAUGGCUUGAGAAGUUUGAGCAAGAAGGACGAAUACUAUGGAACGGGCGAGAACUAUUGGAGAGGCCCCAUCUGGAUUAACAUUAACUAUCUAGCCAUCCAAAGACUUAUGGUACGUUUUCUCGCCAAUAUACCAGAAUCAAUAUCUAACCCCUGCUUGCGUUAGGAAUAUGGAUCUAAGGAGGGCCCUUAUCAAAAGCAAGCGGCAGAUCUCUACAAGGAGCUCCGGGUCAACGUCGUUGAAAACGUUUAUAAAAAUUGGGAGGCCACCGGCUACGCAUGGGAGCAGUAUGAUGCGGAAACCGGUAAAGGUCAGAGAACAGCUCACUUUCUCGGGUGGACAUCACUGGUUGUCAAGAUUAUGAACAUGCCGGAGACAGUGAGCGUCGUAGCUACUCCCUUUAAGGACGAGCUAUAGAGUCUUGUUUGGAUGAGAUACGCCACUAUUGGCACAGCGGCUGUAGAAUUUUUAUGAGCUACUCAUAUAUUGAAUGUAUACCCUGAUGUUAGAGGUUAAACCAAUAGUAGGAAGAAAUAAGAUUGAAGCUUC